AGUGAAGGCAAGUCAUUUCAUAGAACUGCUAUGAGAUCAGUCAUAGUCCUGAGAGUCGAACCGUGUUGGGGCAACUCUUUGGUAACAAGCAACUGAAGACAACAUACCUGUGCCCCUUGUUAAGGUGAGGAGGCGUGUCCAGUAGCAUUAGAGGAGGGUGCAGCAGAAGCCAAGCUGGACGGGGGAGAGUUAAGGGAGAGCGAGGGCGAAACUUUCGUCCUGAGACAUAGAGCCUGCUCCAACAACAACACCACCGCAGAUAAAACCCUCAUCAACUCCACUACACUCAGCCAGGACACCAUGAGUCCUAGCGCCGCCUUGGGUAACACAGAGCACACGUCAGACAACCAGACACAGAAUGGGAGCGUGUUGGGGCGGCGAGCGAUGCACAGUGAAGGGGAGCAGAGAGAGGAGGGGGAGGAGGAAGAGGAGAGGAGUGCUGAUGAAGGCUUCAUGGGGAUGACACCACUACUACAGGCACACCACGCUAUGGAGAGAAUGGAGGAGUUUGUACACAAGAUGUGGGAGGGCCGAUGGCGUGUCAUUCCACACGAUGUGCUCCCUGAUUGGCUGAAGGAUAAUGAUUACCUAGUGCAUGGCCACAGGCCGCCCAUGCCGUCAUUUAGAGCCUGUUUUAAGAGCAUCUUCAGAAUCCAUACAGAGACGGGCAACAUCUGGACACAUCUGUUGGGCUGCCUGUUCUUUCUGUGUCUAGGCAUUGUGUACAUGUUCAGGCCCAACAUGUCCUUUGUAGCGCCUUUUCAGGAGAAGAUUGUGAUUGGUGCGUUCUUCCUGGGAGCCAUUCUCUGCCUCUCCUUCUCAUGGCUGUUCCACACAGUUUACUGCCACUCAGAGGGGGUGUCCAGAGUCUUCUCAAAGUUGGAUUACUCUGGCAUUGCCUUCCUGAUCAUGGGGAGUUUUGUUCCAUGGCUGUACUACUCGUUCUACUGUUCACCUCAGCCGUGUUUUAUAUAUCUGAUAGUGGUGUGUGUACUGGGCCUUGCUGCCAUCACUGUCUCACAGUGUGACUUCUUUGCCACGCCACAGUACCGUGGAGUCAGGGCUGGUGUGUUUGUAGGGCUGGGUUUGAGUGGAGUGGUACCCACACUGCACUUUAUGAUCUCUGAGGGUUUUCUCAAGGCUACCACUAUAGGUCAGAUGGGAUGGCUCUUCCUCAUGGCUGUGCUGUACAUCACUGGAGCCUGCCUGUACGCAGCCCGCAUCCCUGAGAGGUUCUUCCCUGGCAAAUGUGACAUCUGGUUCCACUCUCAUCAGUUGUUCCAUAUCCUGGUGGUAGCAGGAGCGUUUGUGCAUUUCCACGGCGUGUGUAACCUGCAGGAGUUCCGUUACAUGGCAGGAGCUGGCUGUGCUGAGGACGGAGCCCUGUGAGGGCGCAGUGCCGUGCCCACACGCAGCACCAGGAGCCUCUGAUCUGCUCCUUCUCAGCUCUGCCCUACACUCACUCCAGUGAACUAAAGAGGGCUACAUAAAAUGACAAGGUUUCUUUUCAUUUUGAAAACUACCUAUGUCUGGCUUUUUUUUUUUCGUUUGUUUGUUUGGUCUUUCUUUCUCCCUGUACACCCUCCCCACAAUAAACUACAUCAGAGGAUGGAGUGGCUAUGCUAAGGAUAGUAAUAUCUGUUCAAAUACUGAAUUGAGGUCAGUAUGAUUAUUAUCAUGAAACCUUUUAAAGAUAUGAUGACAGUCUUUGUGAUUUUCUUGAAUGCUAUUUAACAUUUAGGAAGGAAAAGCUUUAAGCAUUCAAACAACAGAAAAAAACAAACAAACAAACAAAAAAAAAAACAAAAAACAAAAACAAAAAAAAAAACCAAACCAAAAAAAAACUAAAAAAAAAGUGUUGAAAUUUCCCUUUCUUCUAAUUAUGUGGGGAGAGUUUUAGCCUCUUUUCAAAGGGUUUUUCAUGUAAAUAAGAUUUCUAAAUUUGGAUUAUAUAGGUUUGUAUGAAAUAAAUAUAUAAAAAGAUAAAAAAAUAAAAAUAAAUAAUUAUAUAUGGAGAAAAUGGUAAAGCUGGUUGAGUGUGUGAUGGAUUUAAAAAAAAAAAAAGAAAACAUGGCCCGGGAAAAUAAAGCUCUACCCAUAAUAAUGUCAUUAAAACUGACAAGGAGGAGGCAUCUCCUUGAAAGGAGAGGUGGGUGGGAAGAGGAGGUGGGUGUGGGAAAAGGAGUAAACAAAUAGGGGCUAAUGUUGUAAUUUUCUUGGUCCAUGGGUUGGACUCACUCUCUAAUCAAAGAAACUUGUGGACAGAAAGGGGCAGUGCGCUGAUACAGAUGCCACACUCCACUUUAGUAGUGUCUCUAUGGAUGGAAGUGGCAAGUUGUGGUUGGAUGUGCUGUAUUGGAGACCUUACUGUAUCUAGAGCCUGUUUUAAGACAAGGUUCUGGGCUUCCACUGAACUGAUUAGAAUCAGGUCCAACAGUGCAGGAGACACCACACUGACUGCCUGGAUAUGUCUCCAAACCUUUCAUCAGUGCUCACCUCUCAGAGACACAAACAUGCACGUGAGCAUUGGUUUACAGACAGACACCCUCAGCAGAUGAAGAUUCACUUAUAUUUUCAGUAGUUUAAAUCUAUCAACUCUGGUAUCCUCUUCAGAGGGAUUUGGUUCAGAUACACGAGAGUAAAAAUAACUGACACCAGUAAGAGGUCAUUUAAGAGACAGAACAACAUACAGAACAAGGGUGCAUCUCAAAGUGUUUUAAGUUGCAAUAUCUAGGUUUGUUUGUGUUUUCUUGUCAUUUUCAUGCUUUGCAAUCUUUAUUUGACUUUAAUCGGUUAUUUUCAACCUUGCAAAUGUAUAUGAUUUCCAUAAAGUAUUGCUGUAUUUAUUUUUCUUUACGAGGGUGAAAUGCUGAAUUGAGUCUUGAUUGCUAUCAAGUUUGAAUUGCUAACUGUGUUUUACCAUGAUCAUACACAUAGCCCAGGUCUAGCAAAGCUGAACAGUCGCUCUGAGAGCUGGAGACGUCAUACGUGGUCAGUUUUUACUGCUCAUUUUCAUUGUCACAGCCUUUAUCUGUUCAUCCACUUUCUCCCAUGCAGUCACUAACACAUAUACACACAGAGCUUCAGGAGAAUAUUGAUGUUAUAUAAUAUUGUCCUUUAACAUUAAGCCAUAGAGAUUACAGUCUCCACUGCUUUGGCUGUUCAUGCCAACAAAUUGGGGGUCUAAUCAAUGACAUUGUUAAGUUAGAUCAAGACCACAGGGGUGUGGUUACAUAAUGUCUCCUUUGAUUGGCAAGUUCUGCUUUUGACUGACUGUUGGUUAGUCAUGUGACCCUGCGAGUGAAUAAAGUUUACAGGGUCAAUCUCCAGUUGAAAACUUGCUUCAUUGUCAAAGUCAAGAAAACCAUUUAAGUUUUUUUCUUUUUUUUCCUUUUCUUUUCUUUUCUUUUCUUUUCUUUUAAACUUCUCUUGACUUUUGGGAAGUGUAUUUGAUUCGUUGUUAAAGCACACACUUAGUUCUGCCAGAGUGUCUGAUUGCAAUAGAACCUUUAUAUCUGCUGUAUUGUUCUAAUAAAAGUUUUUUGAAUUUGUCUGAA